AUGAGCUCAAAUCUGAGAUUACAGCCUCGAAGAGAGUAUCACAUCGUGGUUCUUGGAGCUGCCCAAUUCGUCCAAAAUGUCUGGAUUGAAAGUUACGACCCGACUAUCGAAGACUCGUAUCGCAAGCUGAUUGAAGUGGAUGGACGACAAUGUAUUCUGGAGAUAUUAGAUACUGCCGGGACUGAACAAUUCACUGCUAUGAGGUAUGAGCGUCUCUUGCACUCUUGCAUUGCACGUACUUCAGUGGAACUCUACAUGAAGCAAGGCCAAGGCUUCCUUCUCGUCUUCUCAAUAACAUCCGCCUCUUCCCUCUCCGAACUAGCAGAACUCCGCGAACAAAUCAUCCGGAUAAAAGACGACGACAACGUCCCCAUUGUCAUCGUCGGUAACAAGUCAGAUCUCGAAGAAGACCGUGCCGUCUCGCGAUCGCGCGCCUUCGCCCUCUCCCAACAGUGGGGGAACUCUCCUUACUACGAAACCUCCGCCCGCCGCCGCGCGAACGUCAACGAAGUCUUUAUUGACCUGUGCAGACAGAUUAUCCGGAAAGACAUACAGGCGAGCCAGCAGCGGAGCAUGGAGCUGGCGAUGAAUGGGAGGGUUGGUGGGGGUGUGGUCGGGGUUGGGGGUGGUGGUAGUUCUGCUGGGGUUGGUGGUACUGGGCGUGGGGCGGAAGGGCACAGUCGACAUAGCGGAGUCCGCUUACGGAAUCGGAGGAGAGCAAAAGUGAAAGGGGAUUGUGUGAUCUUGUGA